AUGCAGGCGAAGAAAAAGGAGCCCAAAGUCCCUAAAAGGUCAAAAGGUUUUCAUUCUCACUUUUCCUGUAGCACUUCCUCUCUUUUCAAUAGAAAAAUCAACUUACAAAACAAAAAAGAAAAAGGAGUUGGAAAUCAUCCAGCAAGAGCUGGGACUCGACGACGUUUGGGCCGACAGGUUUUUUUCCCCUCACUAGGGAACUACGCGAACUCGUAUUCACGGAUCCAGUCCAAACUGUGGUGUUUUGAAGAUCUAGGUAAGGGUACUUGAAAAAAGGCAAUAUUAUCUGCUAAACCCAAUAAGGUAGCGAGCAAAAACUUUUUGGAAAUGAACACUUUAGGCUUGAAAAUUAUCAAAUUUCUACUUUUCUCCAUCUUUUAGCUGGAAAAAAGUUUUUUAGCGUUUAUUAUAGCCGAUCAUUCAAGGCGAUUGUAUUAAAAUAUAAAAUAAGGUAAAAAGUGGUAUUCCGAAAACUUUCAGGCCCUAUCUGCACAAUUUCCACAAAUUCUUUCUCAGUUCUAUAUCGGGUUUAGCAGAUAUUCUCUCUUGUUUUCAAGUAUUCUGACUUAGGUCCAUAAACCACUAAGGUUUGAACUCGAUCUGCGAAUACGAGUUCGCGUAGUUUCCGAGUCAGCAUUCUCGCUUCGACAAACAUUCGAUUUUUAGAGCCUACAUGGCUGGAUUCAUCCUUCUGUUAGCCAUAAACAUUCUUCUGAUUGUCCUGCCCUUCCGGAUAACAGAAGAUACUGUCAUGCCGGUUGGUUUUUCAACAGGAAAUUUGAAUUUUCCGUUUUCAGGAUUAUCAAAGCUCCUCCUCGAAAUGGGAUAAGCAUCGCGCCAGAGUCGCCAUCUAUUCAGAAAGCUUGCACUGCGCUAUUUAUAUGAAGUAUGGAUUCUUUUAUUGAGAUUUUCGAAAGGCCCGAGGCGGACUCUAAUCUUUUCCUGCGUAUUUUCAAAAAAUCACGGAAUAAAGCAAAAAUCUUUCUUGAGAAGGAGGCUCCAGCUCCCGCCUUGCGUCUUUAGCAUUUUAGCCGGUUUUUUUCCUUUCAUGACAAUAAAAAAGCUCGUCAAAUCUUACGAAUGCGCUCAAACGCAAGUUCGAAACAAAGAAAAAUGUAAGAGACUCAGUCUUUCAUUGGCAUUUGAAUCUCCUCAACCACAAAAGCCGAAUUUUUAGAAUUUUCAGAAAAAAUACUAUGAAAAUUUUUUUCGCUAUUUUUUUCCAGCUUUUUUUGUGUGUGGCUAUAAAAGUUAUAACCAAAAUGAGCAAAAAAUAAAAAUUUUGACAAAACAAUUGACUCGCGAGCCACGUAGCUGAAAAUUAGAAGAUGAAUGGGAUAUUUGAAAUCGAUAGUUUUGAAUUCGCAAGUCCCGACUAGUUUUAUGCGGUUAAGACGUUCGUCGUUGUGAAGGAUCGGAAAACUCUAGACUGAGAUUAGAUGGAAACCAACUUUUCUCGAAAUGAAGUCGUUUCGCGGCAGGAGAUUGAUGCUGAACGACGCCGGAAUCGCGGCGACGUCGGUUCUGGGGCACUUUUGCGUCGCUUUCGCGUGUCCAUACACGGCUCACGAAAACUCCAGCAAUCUCCACUACACCAUCGCCUCCUACGUCGACGAAGAAUCUAGAAAUGUCUGAUCUUUUUUUUUCUAUCAAUUUUUUUAUUUUUCAGAAACUGACUUUCGUCGAUAAAAUUUGGUAUGUAUUAAAGAGCGUACUUGAAAAAAACUUUAUAGGGACCAACAAAAAUUCGAAGUUGGGAUUUUCAUCGAGAAGGAACCACCUAAAGUGAGCUUAUUGGUUUUUAGAUUUGUACUAAAUAAAAAAGUUUAACUGAGCGGAUUCAAGCAAUUUCAGGUUUUGCUCGGGAUGGUAAAUAAUGAAACAUAUCCGAUGAUGCAAGCGACGUGGAACGGAAAAGCUCGAACUGGUCGUCAGUUGCCCUCUUUUAUUUCCCAGUCGCUCUUUUCAGGUUAUAUCCCAAAGUUUGAAAUCAGCAACGCCCUUUUCGAAGCAGUGGACAUGGCGAACCGAUCGCUCGGGUCAGGGAAAUACAUGGACCCCGUUUCGGCCAAGGCUGCCAUCGAACUCAUUGAGAAUCGGACGAACAAGUCGGCCAAAGAUCCUGAGUUGUACGACUCCAAAAUGCAAGUUCUUCUAGAAAACUUUUCCGAACACUGCUUCCAACUUGAAAAAAUUGAAGAAUGAUGCGAAUUCGAGCGUAAAAUAAAAAGCUUUGCGUACUGGCGGACUUUUUCAGGCUGUUGCAGCCAGGAGACCUUUUGAACUCGUCCAUGAACUACAAAAUUGAUUGGAAAACUCUCACCAGAAGUCAGUUUUCAGCUCUUUUUAAUUGGGAUUUUAUCAUCAACUCAUGCAAAGUCGUUGCAUUAUGUUUCAGAAGGACACUGACAAGCAAAACAUUUUAUUUUUUACCAAAACACUUUUUUAUGGAGCUUAAAUUUCUUGUAGCUUUGCGGCAUUGUGGAAAAUAUAUGAAAGACGCGCGUUGUAUGAUUUCCGAUUCUCGAAAAUUUAUUUCUUAUAAUCAUUUGCACCGAAAACAAUUUGCGCAUGUUGGCACCCUAAAAAACGCGAAUCAUGCAUCAUUGUCUAAAUCUUGAUUUUUUUCUUUCUGACUUUAUUAUCUUUUCAAACUUCAGGUGGGAAAGGCGGCGGAUUAUACACCUUGUCGUUGGGAUUCAAAUUCCAGCUUCGCUUUGCAAAAACCAGGUCCACCUCAGUAUUAGCGGCCUUUUACGUUUCUCUCGUUCACAGUAAGUCAAGAUUUUUUUGAUCGAGUCCGUGUGAAGUAUUCUGCGCGAGGGAAUUUUAUUUCUUUUAUAGAAAAGCUUUGCCCUUUUCCAACAUUUUUCCAAAAAUUUCGUUUUCAUGUCAAUUUUUCCUCUAUUACUUAAAAGAGAGAAUUAUAAAAUUUUCAUUGAGCUUUCAUUUGAUUUUUUUCUCUUUGACAGAAACGAUGAUGAAUCUGAAGGACAAGAAGAAUUUGUUGUGGCCAAAAGAAGAGAAAGGAAACGCUGGCCAUUUGGCGCGUUAUUACUUGACACGACUUAUCGCUCAAAAAAUGACAUUGAAAGCGUUUCGAGAAAGCAUUUUGUGGAAGGCGAAUGGACUCUUGCAAGACAACGAAAUCGUGAGCCAGAGCGAGACGCUGAAUCAGAAAAUUUUGCAUACUUUCAGGAUAGUUUCGUGUAUACAGCGGAUUCAUUCGCUAAGACUUUGUCAGAUUUCAUCUCCGGGGAGAAGGAACUCGACAUCAAAGCGAUGAAAAACGUGAUCAGGGUUUGUACCCAACCUUUUUCUUUUACCAAGAUGGCCAUGGUCACGCAUGGAACGGUUGUACGCGUGACACCUGCGAAGCGGUUCCUUCAACAAGAGCCUUAACCGAAAAACGAGUAUUCACUUUGGAGUCGGAGCUAAAAAUAGAGUCUGACGGUUUUGAGUCCUUCCAAGUACGACGAAAGUGUGUCAAAAAAGAAUAAUUCCAUUUUUUGCUUUCCAUAUCUUCGAUCCUUAUCAAAGAUAACAAAUUUUUUUCUCUGUAGAGAAACUCGGAUCGAGUGACUAGUCUGCUGAUUUGGGAGAAGACAUUCAGGAUGAACCGAAUUUUAAUAUCCAAUAUUGGCCUUAAUGACAUGUGAGUUUCCCCCAAAAUUUAAAAAUUAACUUUUUUUUUUAAGAUUUGACCUGCAAGGAAAUAAAAAGCUACCUUAUUUUCAGGUCAGUCACAAUUUUGUCCCGAAGAAUUUCAGCUCGUCUAGCUGAACUGCUUUUAGAAAUAAUCUCGCCAAAGUUGCAGGAAGAAGCAUCUCUAACCUACGGUUGGACGGCCUCUUGUGCACUCAUUCUUUACGAUCAUCACAAAGAAAGCUUCAGUGGAAUCUCAGAGGUGGGAUUUUGAUCCUGUAUAUACCCAUGAAGUCCAAAGUUUCUCUUGUUUUCUAUUUUAAAUGAAUCUCUAGAGACUUCUAAGCUUGGUCAAUAGGCGGAAAUUUUAUGUUUUUUUUUCCUAUUAAUACUUUUUACCAUCCUCUUUCUUCUGUCACAAUCUGAAACGCCGUAAGGCGGCGUUUGCAGUUUGAAAACGUUUAAAAAAGCCAACUUGUACAUGUUUCACUUUUUAAUUGCAAAUAACUAGACUCUGGUGAAUAGUUAAAAAAAAUUUAAAUUGAAACGAACUUUCGAAGUAUAUUUUUUUCAACUUUCCACUCAUCCAGAAUAAAACGAAAUCGCGCGCAUAAAUUUUGAUUUUUAAUCCAAGUCGCCGUGAAUCAAAUAUUUCUUGUCACUUGGAUUCAAACGAAUUGAACUUACAGCCGGUAGGUGCGGCGACCGCUUCCGGCUCGAUCAGCACGCUUUCUGGCGUUGGCGACGCCAUCCUUGGCAUAAUUAUGAGCGGACUUUUGCCCUUUGAAGAUCUGUCGCCCAGCGAGAUUCUCAACUCGCCUCGCACUUUGUACAACUUCAAAAAUAGCAACUUUUUCAUCGAACUACCAGUCGCCGAUGUCAAACACGAUGAAAGAGUAUUUUCCCGGAUGAGAUUCCUUCUAACAUCUGGUUCAGAUAGAAGAUAGGUCCAAAGCUGUGCACUUUGUUGAGGCUCGCCUUUCAGAAGCAGGUGUGGAAGUCUUCACAAUUAACCGUCAACAGCUGAGCAGCGGAAUUCCUCCCUACAUCAAGGAGUCAAGCCGAGUUCUCGCUCAAAUCACCAAAAGAAAGCUCGGGUUCGAAAACUAAUUGAUUACUAGGGAUCGAAACUCCGUUAAUUCAUUUUCAGGCGCAUCACCAUCUCGUCGGACCCUCGAGAAGUGGAUGAAAAUUAUCCCACUGGCUACUGA